GCAUUACACAAGAGAGAAUCGUCAAUCGAAAUCCAAUACGUCAUUUCCCUCAUGCGCAUGCUCCAGCGUGUAGGAGUUUCAAAAUCGAUAUUGGUUUUUCUGUGCUACCUUUCUUUCGUGUCAAUCCUCAGAACAACAUCGGAUACAGCUGAAGAGACAAAGAAGAGCUCACUCGUCUAAAGAUAUUCAAUAGGUGCAGUACAUCACGUGACAGUAUGAGGCUGUUUCUGGUGCUGUUGCCGUUUUUGGGCGUGGUAUUUUGUAGUGCAGCCCCCACAGACAUCGAGAAGAGAUCAGCUAUGGUAAAACGUGCUCAGGAAGUGAUGAUGUUCGGAAAUCAGCAGAAUAAACCAAGGAUAAAGAAAAGUGACCCGGAUGUUCCUGUUCUUCCGGAUCUGGAAGGAAGUGUAACAGCGCAUGAAGCCAAAAACAUUGCUGAAACGAAAACCGCAGAACUACCAAAAGCCAUCGAAAAGGAACUAGAAGACGUCAGUGAUGACGUCACUUCACAGAAGGAUUCAGAUGAAGGAACAUCGGAAUCAAACGAACCGACAACAGACGAAUUGCUUCAAGAUUUUCCACCAGAGACUGCAGAGGCUCUGAAAGAACUUGAAAAUGCGAAAGAAGAAAUUCCGAGGGAAGAUGAGAGCACUGCGUCAGACGAUUCAUCAGACGAGACAUCAGAGGAGAAAGAAGAUGAAUCGGAUAGAGCUGGUGAGAAUAGUUCUGUUCAGGAAAUGGGCGAUGACGAGGAUAUGAUAGAAAUGCUACCGGAAGAAUGGUACAGUAAUCCAGCCUUAGCAUUACAAUUAUACAGAGCCUAUAAAAAGCUUCCGAACUACGGGUAUCCAUAUUACCGAAGACGCAGACGUUCACUGUAUAAAGCCCGCAUGUUUACAAAUGAAAUGAAGCGAUCUCAUCGUGCCAAGCGAGAUCUGCCAUACACAGACGAAGAAUAUCCUCUAUCGUACUACCCAGCAAAGUUCGGUCCAUCUUACACGAUAGACGAUUUGGAAUCUUAUGCGAGAGAAAAAGAGUACGAAGACAAUGUUUUGAGAGCCAUCCUGGACAAUGUAGAUCCUGAAGAUGUGGAGGAGAUCGUUCAUAAAGGAGUUAUGGGUCUGUUUAUCCCUCUAGAAGAAGAGGAGCCCGUGAUUUCCUCCAGAAAGAGAAGUCCCAAUUUCUAUCCGUACUCCGAGGAGCCGGAGACUCACUUUGGUGCUUUUGUUCCAGAGAAAAGGGAAUAUCUUGAUUCCUACAGUAGACUUGUACAGUUAGCCAGAGAAUUGUCCAAAUCGGAACAAUCAAAUGAAGAUGAAUAUCAGAGGUGGUAGUGAAAGAGCAAAAUGAGGUAUGACGUCAUGGAUGAUUUGGCAGACGGGAGGUUUACCACGUUUGACAUCGUGUUAGUUAAGCAGACGACGGACUUAACAUCAAUUUUGGAUGUGUUAAAUUACUCAUGGAUUUUUUGAAGUGCAUGUACUUCUGUAUUUCGGAUCAAUUGUCAACACACUUGUUACUUUGUUGAAUCGUUAUUUUUUUUUUUUUAUCUUGGUAUAACUUUCUCUUUUGUGAAAUUGUUUCUUCAUUAAAAUGUAAAGUAUUGAUGGCUAUAUUUUUGUCAAUAAAUGUAUCUUUUCUA